AUGAGCGAGACGCCGCUGAACCUGCUGAAGUUGAACCUGGACGAGCGGGUGUACGUGAAGUUGCGUGGGGCGCGGAGCAUGGCGGGGACGCUGCAGGCGUUCGACUCGCAUUGCAACAUCGUGCUGAGCGACGCCGUCGAGACGCGGUACGAGCUCGUCGACGGCGAGUUGCGCAGCACUGAGAGACCCUCUGAGAUGGUGUUUGUCCGUGGGGACUCUGUCACGUUGGUGACCACGCCCGAGGACGAAUAG